AUGGUGCAUAAACUAAUCUUGGUUAGACACGGACAGUCUGAGUGGAACUCAAAGAACUUGUUCACUGGUUGGGUUGAUGUUAAGCUUUCAGAGCAGGGAAAGAAGGAGGCUAAGAGAGCCGGAGAGUUAUUGAAGGAAUCUGGAUUGAAACCAGAUAUUCUCUUCACUUCUCUUUUGACUAGAGCAAUUCAAACUGCCGACAUCGCUUUGGAGGAGGCCGAUAUGUUAUAUUUACCAGUUGUCAGAUCAUGGAGACUUAACGAGAGACAUUACGGUGCUCUACAAGGUAAGGACAAGGCCGAGACUUUGGAGAAGUAUGGUCCUGUUCAGUUCAAGACCUGGAGAAGAUCUUACGAUGUUCCUCCACCACCAAUUGAGAACACUUCUAAGUUUUCUCAAUUCGGUGAUGCCAGAUACUCUACUGUUGACCCAGCUGUUUUGCCAGCCACCGAGUCUCUUGAGUUGGUUAUCAAGAGAAUGUUGCCUUUCUACCAGGAUGUCAUUGCCAAGGAGUUGCUUGCUGGAAAGACCGUUUUGGUUGCCGCUCACGGUAACUCUUUGAGAGGUUUAGUCAAGUACUUGAAACAUAUUUCAGAUGACGAUAUCGCUAACUUGAACAUCCCAACUGGUAUUCCAUUGGUUAUUGAGUUGGACGACGACUUGAAGCUAAUUAAGGAGCCAUAUUACUUGGACCCAGAAGCUGCUGUUGCCGGUGCUGCUGCUGUUGCCGCUCAGGGACAGAAGAAAUGA